AAGAGGUCCUCCCUCCUUCCUCCUUGAAGUCUGGACAAAACUCGCGUACUUGGUAUGGGAAUCGGCCCCAGUGUGUUUUUCUACCAUAGUGAAGGCGGGAUCAAGUGUUUUCUCUCAGGGCGUCUCUUAAUGAAGCCAAUGAUCACCGAUAGAUCGAUCGAUCGAUCCCCCUGUAGCCGCUCUGUUCGUUACGCAGAGCCUUCCUCUCCACAGUACACCACACUCAUGGUGGAGGGGGGCCCAACCCCUCCUGGUGUAGCGCCGCCCACCGCAGCCAGGACCUGACCCCGACACAGCUGUCGGAUCAGUUCCAGGGCGAAGCAGACCCAGCAGCAUGUCUCCGAGACACCCAGCCGCUCUCUGCCUGCGGCUCCUCCCGCUGCUGCUGCUGCUCGGAGCGGGACAGCAGAGUCUCGCUGCCCGGCCGCUGCUCGUGUUCCUCAUCGACGGGUUCCGUUAUGACUACAUGGACGACCUGCAGGCUCUGCCCGGAUUCCGACAGCUCGUGGGCAACGGGGUGAAGGUGGACUACAUGACCCCGGACUUCCCGAGUCUAUCUUACCCCAACUACUACUCAUUAAUGACAGGUCGUCACUGUGACAUUCAUCAGAUUACUGGAAACUACAUGUGGGAUGAAGCCUCCAACAAGGAAUUUCUGAUUGGGACCAACCUUGACAGUCGGUUGCCUCUCUGGUGGGAUGGAUCAGAGCCAUUAUGGGUCACCCUGCAGAAACUGGGAAAGAAGGUUUUCAUGUACUACUGGCCUGGCUGUGAAGUGGAGAUUCUGAGUGUCCGUCCAUCAUUCUGUGAGGAAUAUGUCUACAACCCAUCAGAGAAAAACCUCACCGAGUCAAUAGGGAAUGCUCUCAAUGUCCUGAGCUCAGGCGAAGCAGCCAUGGCAGCAAUAUAUUAUGAGAAAAUAGAUGUGGAGGGCCAUCACUUUGGUCCAGAGUCUCAUCAGGUCAGAACAGCUGUCCAACGACUGGAUCUUGCUAUGCAGACACUCAGCAGCAAAAUCAAAGAGAAGAACAUGGUGAACCAGCUGAACAUCAUGCUAUUUUCAGACCAUGGCAUGACAAAGAUCCAGUGGAUGGAGAAGGUCAUCGAGCUGGACAAGUACAUCAACAUGUCAGCUAUUGUCAAGAUGAUGGACAGAGGACCAGUAGUCAGUCUGUGGCCCAAAGAUGACAAGUACCAAGAGGUGUAUGACGCGUUGACCCAGGUCCCUAACAUGCAUGCCUAUGCCAGACAGGACAUCCCUGAACGGUUCCAUUUCAAAACAGGGAAGUUCGUUUCCCCCCUGACUCUGGUGGCUGAUCCUGGCUGGUUUAUUGCCGAGAACAAGGCAAAACUCCCAUACUGGAAAAACGACUCUGGGGAACCGUCAGCAUGGCAAAAUGGUUGGCAUGGUUACGACAACGAGUUCCUCGACAUGAGAGGGUUUUUCUUGGCAACUGGACCUGACUUCAAGCAAAACUUUCAGGCAGCUCCAAUUCGAGCGGUGGACAUCUACAACUUGAUGUGCUGGACGUUGGGAGUGAACCCGUUGCCAAAUAAUGGGUCCUGGUCUCGGGUUGAGUACUUCCUGAAUGGCUCUGAUGGUCCAUCCCUGUCCACAACCCUCUGCUGUAUGGGAAUGUUUGGAAUACUGCUUGCACUAUGGGACUAAAGCAUUGAAAAGUUCAGUGUUUAUGGCAUCUGAUUGUAUCUAGAAAUGAUCUGCUAGAAAGAAUAAGAACAUUAUUGCAUCUAAAACUAAUGGAAGAGACAUACAAAAUCAACCAUAAAAUAGUUAGAGCAUUUGUAGGGACCAAUAACUUGAAGCCUUAAAGUGCCUGAAGAGUUGUACAGGACCUCAUUGAUGUCUUGUACAUGCCUUAAAUGUACAGCAUGUUCAUUUUAUUAUCGUCAGCAAUUUCUCGUUGUCAAUCAUAAUAAAACAUGAAAAGUAGUCAGGUGGACUUUCAUUGAUGCAUGUAUUCAGUGUUUCUGGUCCUUUACAGAUUAAUUUAGAUGAUCAAAAUCCUUGUGUUCACAUACUUUGCCAAUAAAAAAAUAUUUUGAUUUCUGGGUAAA